AUGGAUCCAUUACCAAAAAUUCGAUUACUAUUAAACGACAAAACAACUAGUGACUUAAUAAUUCGCGUUGAUGGAAAAAUUUAUUAUGCACAUAAAAUUAUUCUUUUAUUAAAAUCUGAAUGUUUUUGUAAAAUUUUUUCUGAAUAUAAAGGUAAAUAUUUUGAUUUUAGUUGUUCUAAAAAAUCUGUUCUUAGUGUGUGGUAUGAAUACAAAGAUGCCGUAACUCAUGAAACGAGAGAGAAUAGUGAAACCAGCAAAAAUUGUUCAGUGACACGAGAUCAAAGGAAAAUUGAGAUUUAUUAUGAUUAUGAAACUUUUGGUCAAUUUUUAGC